AUGUCUUAUUUAGAUAAUUUAUCACAAAAAUAUGGAUAUGUGAGUGUAGAAAGUUUAGGAAAAACAUUUGAAGGUAGAGACAUAAAAGUAGUAAAAAUAUCAACUGGUGGAAAUUUUGAUAAACCUGCGAUUUUUAUCGACGCUGGAUUAAGUCCAAGAGAAUGGAUCGGGCCAGCACAAGCCCUUUAUAUUAUUGAUUACCUUUUAGACAAAUCGAAUCAAAACUUAAUCGAAACUGUUGAUUGGUACAUUUUACCUUUGGUUAAUCCAGAUGGUUACGAAUACUCACACACUGUGCAAAGAUUAUGGAAGAAAAAUAGAGCGAAACAUUCCGAAAAAAUUUUCGGUACAUACAUUAACAGAAAUUUUGAUGUGGAUUGGGGUAAUAAACUAAGUAAAGAUGAUACAGAAUCUUGGAAUUACCACGGAAAAAAUCCUUUUUCCGAACCUGAAUCAAAAGCUAUAAAGAAAUUAAUCGAAGAAAACGUUGGCCGAAUCCAACUUUAUUUAAGCAUCCACAGUUUUGGACCAACCAUUUUAUAUCCAUACGGAUUUACCCACAAUCAACCGGAAAAUAUAAAAUUACAUAAAUAUCUCGCUGAAAAAGCAUCACAAGCGAUAUUAGAUUCUUCCGAAAUAGUGUAUAGAACGCGAGCUUCUUGUGGUAAAAAGUUUUUUUAUUCCGGAAGUUCAAUUGAUUGGGCGGUGGGUGUUGUUGGAAUUCCUUUAGGAUAUACAAUCGAAUUACCAUCUCCUGGUUAUUUAGGAUUUGAUUAUCCCAUCGCCAAAAUCGAAAGUGUUCUUAAACAAUUUAUUCCUGCCUUAGAAGUUUUUCACGAUUUCAUUAAAACAAGUUUUUAUCACCCGGAAGAAAUUGAAGAAGAAGAAAUUUUAGCGGUCGUUGUUGAAAAUUACAAAAAUGAUAAGAAUGAAGAAGAAGAAAAUGUUGCAAGUGUUCAUAAAGAACCAGAACUAAUUUCUGAGAAUUUGAAUAACGAAAUUAAUGACGAAUUGUAA